GCUGACACCACACCGAUUCUCUCUUUCUCUCUCUAUAAAAAUUUCUCUCUCUAAAAAAACCAUUGAAAUAUUCAUACAUAAACAUAUAUAUCUAUAUGUACACACACACAUAUAUAUAUAUAUAUAUAAAUUUGUUUCGAGUUGAUUCUUCUUUGAUUCUCAACGGCUUCAAUUACUUGUCUUCUUUCAUAACCAGAAAUUAGUGCUCUGCUUCCUUGAUGCACAAGCCUUUGGAUGGUUCCCAGGGCCUCUGGCAAUAGAGAGUUCUAGUGCUUUGAGAUUGCUGUCACUGUUCAAACGUUGAUAUGCUCACCGAGAUAUUGCCUAUUUUAGAAAAUGCUUGCAAUUUCAAGGAAGGAUCAUCCAGCAUGGAUCAUAACUGUGCUGUUGAAGAUUUAUCAGUUUCUCAACAAACAUGUGAACCUUUUUCUGUUACUGAUGCCGAUCCUUCUAAGAGCUUAGUUGCACCAGAUAUCUCGGGUACUGAGGGUCUUGUUGGUUCUUUCAAUUCUAUUGGCGUAGUUGAAUCUUCUGGACAGAGAGACAAUGAAGUGAAAGAUAAUAUUAAAUUUGAUGAUUCUUCUGAACUGGAACGUCCUGAAACUAUAUGUUUAUCUCCUCCGAGGAGUGUCCACGCCCACAUUACUAAAUUGAAUCAGAAGACUCUGACAAAGAAGGCUCUGAGAAAAUGCGGGAAGACAGUUAUUGAGAAACCAUUGAUAGAUUCAGUUCUGUUCAGGGUGGCAAGAAAAAGAAGAAGCUACUUUUGCAAACCAGCUCGUUCUUCUGUUUGGGGAUCAUUGGGCCAUAUCAGACAACUUUUUGAGCAGAAUGCUGCCAUUGAUAUCAUUCAAAACAAACAGAUGAAAUCACGAAAAGCAAGGGGUGUUCAAGGUAGCAGGAGGCGGAAUAAGAAUCAGGCAGGUGCAAGUUCACAAAGGUCGAAGGGUAAAACCUGUGCUUUAUCUGGCCCCCUUCGUCUGAAGGUUAAGCUAGGCAAAGAAAUGGGUCUAAUUUGUCCAACAAAUAUGGUUUCUGUUAUAGACAAUGAUCUCGAAAACUACUGGGGAACUAGUAGUAUAGAUGUCCCUAACUUAACCAAUGGUAGUGAAAAUAAGUCAAAGGGUGGGGACCCGGAGAAGGUGGUAAUGUUAUCAGAUGCUUCCCAUGUUGAUGUGUGCCUUGCAAACAAGGACUUGGAGAGCACCUUGAUCAGUGAAAAAUCAGCAACAGUCACUUCAGAUAAUCAUCAAAGGGUUCCCUCCCAGACACAGGAUGAAGGAUUGGAAGUUGCAGUUGAUAAUAGGUACUUAGAUUCAGGAACUUCACCUGAUUCAGAAGUCAUCAACCUGAUUCCAGAAGCCCAAGUUAAUGGAAAAGUUCAAGAAGAUUUGCAUGAUGUUCUGAUGUCCUCCCAAGUCUGUGUUGCUAAUGAAGAUGUUACCAGUUUGAACAUGCCACCAAAAAAUAAGAAAGGAAAGAAAAAGUAUGAACUCCCUUGUGCAGAUAAUUUCAUUGUGGAAGAUAGGUUACCUAGUCCAGAAAUCAUAAAUAAAGCAAGUGUAUUAGAGAAACAGGGACAGGGAGAGAAAAUGGGAGAUGGCUUUUACUCUAGUGAGGCUUCUAUUUCAACUACCACGGCAAACAUGUCGGGAAACACUUCAAGCAGCGAGGGAUUUCCUAGGGAACUAUUGCCUUUAUCAAGAGUUGCUGACAUUGGAGUCUCCUGUGAGGCUUUGAAAGUUGAAAGUGGAACAGAAGAAGAUCCAUGCUUCAGACACGGUGCAGGGCUUGAGUCACCAGAAUCACAUGUUUCUGACAAAUUACUUCCUUGUGCUAAAACUAAGGGGCGAAAGCAUGUGAAAAGUUCAAAAUCUAGAGGAGCGAGCAAAAGUGGGUCAGAAGUCUCUGAUUCAUCCAGGAGCGGGAUAGGAAAUGCAUCUAGACAGAAGGGAAACCCACUGAAGUCAGUUAAUAGGAGAAAGUUGAAAGACAAGAGUGCUUGUGAUCAGGUUGUCUGCAGAGUGGAAAAUCACCCAGAGACAGGAGAUCACUCAUCAGAUGAUCCCGGGAAAUCUAAAACUGGCAAUGCAAAUACAACCAGGGAUGUGUUCAGCUUGGACAUGGUGCCGAGAGUGGUAGGCGAGCAAUAUCUACCGCCACGUAAUGCUUGGGUUCGGUGUGAUGAUUGCUUCAAGUGGAGGCGUAUACCAGCUACUCUUGCAGAUUCCAUUGAAGAAACCAACUGCAAAUG